AGCACUCAGUACGGUGACUGGCAUGUAGUAAGCGCUUAACAAAUGUCACGGUUGUUAUUAUUAUGAGUGCGCUCGCUCUCUCAGAGUCGGUAGGAAGCACCACCUGCUCCUAAUUAGCAACACCAGAUUCCAGCUCAAAGUUCUCUGGGCCUCAGUUUCCCGAGAUCAAAACACUUCCCGUGCGGACGGAUCGGUUUUCUAAGAGGAAAAAAAAGAUUCCUCGAUGCUUAUGUGAGUUUCUGAGGGCUUGAGCUCUAGUACCUGUAAUUUUUAAAAUAUUCUUUUAUUUACUCUUUUCCCCUCACCUCACUCACACUGCCUCGGAUGAAAACAAGCCUUGGAACCGUCUGUCCUCUUCUCCUAUCCCGUCUUGGAGGUGGCCUUUUUUUAAUGAGCUAUCAGAAACCGGUGAGAAGCUUGCUUCGGUGUCGAAGAUUUCACGUCACAGUAAGGCACGGCGGGAGCAAAACUGAUGCAGAGCACCGAUGGUUGUCACGACACUUGAAGGAUCCUUUUGUGAAAGCCACACGCGAAAACAAUUACCGCUGCCGAAGUGCUUUCAAACUCUUGGAGAUCAAUGAAAAGCAACAGAUUCUUAGCCCCGGGCUCCGGGUAUUAGACUGUGGCGCUGCCCCGGGAGCGUGGAGUCAGGUUGCCAUCAAGAUGGUCAAUGCCGCCGGCACUGAUCCAAAAUCGCCAGUUGGCUUUGUACUUGGGGUAGAUCUUCUUCACAUAUUCCCAUUAGAGGGAGCGACUUUUCUGUGCCCUGCUGAUGUUACAGACUCCAGGAUCCGCGAGAGAAUCCAAGAGCUGCUUCCUGAACGGAAGGCUGACGUGAUCUUGAGCGACAUGGCACCCAAUGCUACUGGGAUAAAAGAGCUUGAUCACCAGAAGCUCAUCAGCAUGUGCCUGUCUCUUCUGGAUUUGUCGUCAAGCAUUUUGAUUUCCGGGGGGACGUUUCUAUGUAAACUUUGGGAUGGAGGCCAAAAACAUCUUUUACAAAGUAGACUGGAACAGCAGUUCCAGGAAGUGAGGAUUAUAAAACCUCAGGCCAGUAGGAAAGAAUCCUCAGAGAUGUAUUUUUUGGCAAAAUUCUACCAAGGGGCUACAAGAUCUUCGAAAGUGUGAAGGUUUCGCCUGGCAUUACCAUGUGGGGAAGUAUUUUAUCAAUCAUUGGUAUUUAUUGACUGCUUAUUGUGUGCUCACUACUGUACUCAGCACUUGGGAAAGUGCAGUACAAUGUGCUAUCUGCCCACAAGCUGCUUAUCAUUGUGAAUAGAACUGUACCUUUUUUAGAGCUGAGUCUCUGAUGGAACAGGGUUAUACAAAUUAGAUAUGAUUUCUUUGGGUGUUAUGUAGGUCGUGCUCCAAAAGCACUGCAUGGGAUUUUGAAAUGUUUUCACUUGAGUCAUGUACGGAAUAUGAAAUUUCAACCUGGGGAAUAAUUUGCAUCUAUCCAUAAAAGUCUGAACAUUUGAACGUUCAUCCGUUCAGAGCAACUGAGGCAAUAUUUUUAUAAAUUUCCCAUUGUUUGGUGUGGGGCUGGGAGUCUAUUUUGAUAAAAUAAGUGUUUGUUAAGCACUCAAUAUGUGCCAAGCAUCGUACUUAGCAUUGAUUGGGGUAGAUGCAAGAUAAUUAAGUCUGGCACAACCUGUGUUCCACACGGGGCUCAUCUGUGUGUUUGCAGGAUAUUGUCAAAAAGACAAGUCAAACAAUUAUGUGUGCCCUUAACUAAGUCCCUUAUUUUAUGUAUCUUGAUGAAGCUUAAUAGAAAACUAAGAAUCUUGAUUUCAUUAUUCAUAACUGGUUUUUUCCUCUGGAAUUUGCUCAAUAAAAGGUUCCUGGUUUGUGGA